AUGAAAAGCCUCAGUAACUUUGUGAUGAGAAGAAUUCACAGAGAGAGAGAGGAGAGAGAUGGGUAAUUCCGACGAAGGUGAUCGUCUUCCUGCUCCAUCUUCUUCGGACGAACUCUCGAGCAUUCUCCGGCAGGUACUGUCCCGUGCUCCCACAGCUCAACCUUCUUUCUCACCGAAGAAAAUCGUUUCCUCCGCUGAGAUGUUCAACCGAACCUUCCCCCUCGUUCCCGGCGGAGCGGUUUCUUACGCCGCUUGUGCAGCCGCUGAAACUGGGGAAGGCAAAUGUGGUUUCGAAAACAAGAGAAAUGGAGCUAGACAGCGAAAUUCAUUGAAGAGAAACAUUGAUGCACAGUUCCACAACUUGUCUGAAAAGAGGAGGAGGAGCAAGAUCAAUGAGAAAAUGAAAGCUUUGCAGAAACUGAUACCCAAUUCCAACAAGACAGAUAAGGCCUCAAUGCUUGAUGAAGCUAUAGAAUAUCUGAAACAGCUUCAACUUCAGUUUCAGACGUUAGCCGCUAUGAAUGGUUUAGGCCUAAAUCCUCUGCGAUUACCACCAAUUCUACCGCCUACGCAGACAAGGAUCACUGGAACCUCAGAACAAGGGCUGAACCUUGAGACUCUGCUUGGUGGUUCUCACUCGAUGGCUAACCGUGAACCACCCGAAACUCAGGAAAUGUGCUUUCCCACAACCACUCUGCUUUGAAGACAACGUUCAGACAGUGAAGAGGAUCCGAAGUCAGAUUUCCUCUCCACAGAAACAUGAGUCGAAAAUGAUUUGUAGAGUCUAGUAUUUGGUUAUAUAAGUGUUAUGCUAAUAAGCUUUAGGACUGAACAAAACUGAGUAGCUUCAUUAUAAUGAUGUCAGAAUAAAUUUAACUACA